AUGUCCUGUCCAGGGAAGAUCAAGAAACUUGAAUCCUCCACACAAAAGCCCCUUAACAGGGAGCCCCCUGUAAGGACUUUGGUUGAUCGUUUCCUCACUCCCCAGGCAAUUGGUUUCGACCGGAAUCACGGACCUAUUCCACAUAUAAAUGGCGAAGUGCACACCGUCCGCGUCGACGGUCUCGUCGUUGAUCCGCUGACGCUCACUGUGGAUCAGCUGCGUUCUGACUUUCGUCAACACGAAGUCAUCAGCGCGCUCGAGUGCGCGGGAAACAGGCGACACACCAUGCGGACACUUGUGAAAGAAGUCCAAGGAAUCGACUGGGACGACGCAGCUGUCAUGAACUGCAAAUGGAAGGGGCCUCGUGUUCGAGAUAUUCUUCUCCGAGCUGGUCUGUGCAUAGAGUCUACUGAUCCAAACCGCAAGAUUCAUGUAGCUUUUUCCUGUUACCAAGCGGAGUGUCAAGACGACAAUUGGUACGAAUCUAGCGUGCCCUUAGAUGUAUGUCUUCAGGCGGAAAGGGAUGCUAUUUUGGCACUAGAGGUGAAUGGUACUCCUCUCACGGUAAACCACGGGUAUCCGGUUCGAGUUGUUCUUCCCGGUAUUGUGGGUGUUCGAUGGGUGAAGUGGCUUGACCGUAUCACAGUUCAGGACCACGAGUCAACUAACGCCUACCAACAACGUGAUUACAAAGUCCUUCCACCGGAUGCAAUAGACAGUGAAUCUGCGGAGAAGUACUGGCACUGUACACCACCUAUGUAUGACAUGCCGAUCAACUCUGUUGUUGCGGUUCCUGCUGAUGGUGAAACCGUGAGGUUGCCAUCAACCGGUUUGGUGGAAGUAAAAGGUUAUGCCCUUCCCCAAGGCGCAGAUGGGCCUGUUACUCGUGUUUCAGUGUCAGGAGAUGGCGGGUACUCAUGGAUAGAUGCGCAACUGGACAACUCGGGCGCUAUGGCUCCCGGCAUUAGCGAGGCGAUCAAAAACGACCAUCGGGAAAUUGAGUCGUAUUAUGACAAGAUCAUCAACUCCUCGGAUAAGGAUGAGCAAACACGCUUCCAGAAUCUAUUCACCUGGGAACUAGCUCGACACUCUAUCGGAGAGGAGCUUGUUGUUUAUCCUGUUUUCGAAAAGCUGCUCUCUGGUGGUGUCGAUAUGGCAAACAAGGACCGUAAGGAGCAUAUGAAGGUCAAAGAGCAGUUGAAGGCAUUCCAGAACAUGACGCCUUCGGAUACACAGUUCAUUCCUACUAUCAAGGAGUUGAUGGAAAACUUGUCCGAGCAUAUCAAAGAGGAAGAAACUCACGAUUUGCCUAAGCUGGAAGAAGCCUUAUCUGAAGAAGAUAGCAAGAGCUAUGCUAAGAGCUUUGGCCGAACAAAGAUGUUUGUGCCUUCGCGUUCUCAUCCUAGUGCACCAGACAAACCCCCAUUUGAGACAGUGGUGGGGCUUCUAACGGCGCCGAUCGAUCAUCUCGCGGAUCUGUUCCGCAAGUGGCCUGAUACUUCUGGAAUGCCGAACCCGUCUACAAAGUGA